CUACAGAGACCCGUUUGGCUCUUUCACCAUCACCUGCUGCGUAGCGGUGCACACGGGGCCGACAACUCUGCGACGUUUCCUCUAUAGCGAAUUGAGAUUCUGCAAAACGUAUGGAUAUCUGAUAUUAACAAAGCCGGGACACAUCAACAGCUUAAUGCACGUGCUCAUAUUUUGAUUCAGCAACUUCUCCAACAUUGCGAGUAGCCGUUGACCCUGAACGCCUCCGUGCCCAAACUGCUGUCCUCCUCGAAGAUCUGCGUGCCGUGAUCAACCCCACUCAACCCUAAACAUUUGGCCAGGAUGGAGCAGGUCUAAUGUAAUUAUAAUGGCCUGUAAGCUUUUGUCUCGCAAGUGGGAUCAACCUGUUGUACGUUUAUUAUAACAUAGAUCUCUUCUCCGCCGCGCGCCAGCCUGCUUUUACGCGCAACGAUGAGCUCGGAGAAGCCAAACUUUCUGGCACAGCCCGUAGUGAAGAGCAUUUUCAUGUACCGAAAUGGCGACCCUUACUACGAGGCACGACGGAUUGUGAUAAACCAAAAGAGGGUGUCCAACUUUGAGACUUUGCUGAGAGAGGUGACCGGCGGGAUACAAGCCCCGUUUGGAGCGGUGAGAAACAUCUACACACCGAGGGGAGGACACAAGGUGGACUGCUUGGAGAGCCUGCAGAGCGGGGAGCAGUACGUCGCUGCUGGGAGGGAGAGAUUCAAAAGGCUGGAUUACCUACAUAUUGGCUCCAGAAGGAAGAGGAUGAUGCAGACUCUUCCAGCGCAGGCAAAGCCACUGCCACCGAAUCGAAUCAUUGUGUCAGCUCGAUUCCUGAAACCUCUUAAGGAGCCAUGUACAAUAUUCGUGGUAGCAAAUGGGGAUGUCUUGAACCCUGCCAUGAGGCUGUUGAUCCACCAGAGGAUGCUCGGACAGUUUGACAGAAUACUAGAGAUGAUCACAGAGAAGAUGGGUAUGAGAGUCCUUGGGGGUGCCCGAAGUCUCUACACCUAUGAAGGCCACCAGGUGACUGACGGGAAUCAGCUGGAAAGUGGUCAGCUGUACGUGGCUGUGGGAAGAGAAAGGUUUAAGAAGCUGCCCUACAGUGAUCUUCUCUUUACUAAACCCAGAGGAACAAGGAGGGUCAAUGGAAUGAAAGCUUACUCUCUACCACCUAUCUACAGAUUCUCCAAGCAAAAUGGAAAUAGUAAGUCCAUGGUCCGAUGCAGUGAUAGCGGAGGUGGAGACUCCAAGGCCUCUCCUCCAGCCCACAGCGGCAGCAACAAGGAUCACCUGUCCUCCAUCGUCAGAGAGAUCUCUCAGGCCAGACUCAUGACCCUCAGGAAGAAGAGGAGUGGACAAAGCAUGACCCUUGGCAUCUCUGAUAACGAUGACCUGGAAUCAAAGGCUGAUGAUGGAAACACUGAGGACAAAACACCCCAAGACCAGCCAGCUAAUGAGAAACCUGCAGACGAUGAUACACAAGCAGCAGAGGAGAAUGGUGAUGAGGCGGGAGAGAAGGAAAAGGCUCCUGCUGAUGAAAACACCACAGAAGAAGACACUUCUGCUAGCAAAGAAGAAGCAGAGGAAAACCCGGAGACGAGUGGUGAAAAAGAGGGAGGGGAAGAGAAGAAGGAAAAUGAGGAGCAGAAGGAUCAAAAAGAGGGAGAAGCAACAGCAGGAUCUGAGGAGAAGGAGGAGGAGGUAAAAGAAGAAGUAAAGGAGGAGAUCACGGAUGAGACUAAGGAGGAGGUUAAGAGUGAGGAGCAGGGGUCCAGCAGUAGCAACAGUGAUAAGACACAGGACAGUAAAGAGAAAGAGGAUGGAAGCCAUCCAUCUUCUGAGGGUGAAAAGGAUGAGGGAGACAAAAACACAGAAGACGAGAAGCAAGAUAAAGACAGUGGAAAGGGGGAGAAAAGCAGUGAGAGCCACGCUAAUGAUGUAGACACGGGGGAGAAACAGAGAGAGACAGAAAACAGCAGUGACCCGGGGAAGACUCAGUCAGAUAACGAGACAAAAGAGAACGAUAACGGCAGAAGCAGCACUAGAGGCAGUAACCAGGAAGAAGAUGUGAGCAAAACAAAAGAGGGAGCCACCAAAGAGUCAGGAGAAGAGGAGAGAAAGGUGAACGGAGAGGUCAGCGGAGAAGAUGAUGAGGUGGAAAGCGGAGCAGAGCCGGACGGGAACGAGAAAUCAGCCAAAGAUGCUGCGGCGAAUGGAGAGAAAGGGGAGGAUGAUGAUAAAGAUGAUCAAGACAAAAAGAAGAAAAGGGAGAAAGAGAAGGAUUAGGAAAGUUAUUUAAUAAUCAGUUGGGCAAACAGUGAGCAAAAGUUUAAAAUGCAGUCUAAAAAGUCAUGUAGGUGGCAGGGGGAAUUCACAGCCAGCAAAAGCAAGAAAUGUUUUACAAGACAGCCAUGCACCCAAAUGUCAAGCAAUUAAUAGAAGCUUUGAAUGUCUGCUUAAUGAUGUCAGGUACAGAAACAUCAUCAAAAUUUCAGGUAUGUAUUCAAAAGCUAUUUAUCAAAACAUUCAUAACCAUCAUGCCUGAAACAGUCAAAUAAAAGCCAGAGUAAUAUAUUCUUAUUUUUUGUUAAAGUCUUACCUCUUUGGCUGCUUUAUCAGUUCAGUACACACUGUCUGUGAGCACUGUAGUGAAUGAUGCAGGGGAUUUGCAAUAAUCUUACAGGCAUACAUUAAAGAAAACAAAUGUAUUUAUUUUUCACAGGUAUGGUAAUAAUAGUUGCUUGUUUUUAAAGAUGGUUUUGUAUGUCGGGUAUUUUUGUCUAUUUCCCAAAGCAAGUGAUGCAUAUGAACUUUUUUUUAAGUAAGUACAAUAAGCUAUGUGUAACAGUGUAAUCAUACUGUAUAUGUCUGAAUGUUAUUUCAGUCCAAAUCAUAAUCCUUUAUUACGUAGUCAUUAUGUCUAAUGCGUAUUUGUUUAU